AGAAGCGUCGCGGCACGGGCUGGAGCCAGACCAGGAGUGUCGACGGGUGCAGUCGGCCCCGGCACACGCAGCAAAAGCAGCAUCAUAAAAUCAGCGCCGCAUCAUGUCCGCACCUGCAGAUGGAGCGGCCGCAGAUGGCGCACCCGCUGCGCCCGCGGUCAAUCCUCAGCAUCAGGCGGCAUCGAAGCGGAUUCAACAAACGCAAGCGCAAGUCGAUGAAGUCGUGGAUAUUAUGAGGACGAAUGUAGAAAAAGUCCUCGAGCGAGAUUCAAAGCUUUCGGAGCUAGAUGACCGAGCUGAUGCAUUGCAGCAAGGCGCCUCCCAAUUCGAACAGCAAGCCGGGAAGCUCAAACGCAAAUUCUGGUGGAAAAAUUGCAAGAUGAUAAUUGUUAUGGUGGCGAUAGGUGCCGUCUUCGUCUUGAUCAUAGCGAUGAAAUUCAUGUAAGGAUGCCGAGCGAGCUAGCUCUCAAGAGACGCUAUGCAUAACUACGAAAACGCCGCAUCGCGUUAAAACACUGCUGGUUCCCGCUGGUCACGAAGAGUUGACGUGUUCUAAGAAUGGAAACUCUAAACGACAUCGCUGAUCAAAAGCAAACUACUACAAGUUCGGCUGCCUGGGUGAAUGGGUUGGUAGAUGGGCGGGUGGUUGGUUGGUUGGCUGGCUGGUUCUUAACGGGCGAACGAGCGAGCGAGCGAUCGGUCGGUCGGUUUUCCAACCGCUCUGUAGGUUGGUUGACCGACUGGUAGGGUGGGUGUCUGCCUGAUUAUCUGCUGCUGCUAUCUGAAUGGGUUGAGGGAGGGCUUGGGGGCGAACGAUGGGGAAAAGGGACGAAGUGGGCUCUUGGAUAUAUCGAAUGUAUCGAAUUCGAGGGGAAAUUGGGCUUUCGGCUGAUGAGUUAGGGGAUUUGGGUUUGAUUGAUAGGAGGCACAUUUCACUAUCAAUGUCAGGGCCCGCUAAGACAUGAUAUUCAUGAUUCAACAUGAUACUACACUACUUCGGCGUUUACUUUUGCUAUACAUUAAACGAAACUGAAACUAUUACACCAUUCCACGGAAGGAAUGAAGAAAACUGAAGAAAACAAGCAAAGAGUUUAAGGAAGCAGAGAGAAAUCACGGACAGGAGUGAAUAAAGCUUUUAGCGCUGUUUG